AUGGGUUGGCUUGAGUUCUAUAUUGGUUUCUCAAACAGUUUCAUUUGUUCUGCCUUUCUGGACAGACUUCUAUAUAUCUCCUACCAGUUGGUUAACCUAUUGUUCGCUUCUCCAACUAUGAGCAAAAACAGCUUCAGUGUUGUCCAUCAGGUUAACGAAGAAGCACCGGAAGAGAGGUGCAACGUCACUAACUUGCCGAAAGCACAAGAUCCUUAUCAAACCAGUCCUUUACGGCGCCAGAUAGGACUCACAUCAGCCGUGUUUCUCAUUUUCAAUUGCAUGAUCGGUACCGGAAUCUUUGUUACACCCAGUAAAAUCUUAGUGCUGUCCGGCAGUGUAGGGUUGAGUUUGUUCCUAUGGGUUGUCGGAGCGGUCAUCACUGCUGCGGGCAUGGCGGUAUACAUGGAAUUUGGAACUGGCAUUCCUCGAAACGGCGGGGAGAAGAACUACUUGGAAUAUGUAUACCGCAAGCCACAGUUCCUCACAUCGUGCUUGUAUUCAACCUACGUGGUUUUGCUAGGUGAGGGAGUCAGAUUUGCCGGUUCUAGACAUGGCUGCUCGGCAGCAAACUCGGUGGUCUUUGGGGAGUACGUCUUGAAUGCAGCGCAGGUGGAGGUAACCCGCUGGAACCAGCGAAUUAUCGGACUUGUUUGCAUUACAUGUGCGCUUCUAAUCCACGGCCUGGCGCUGAAGUGGGGAUUGUGGUUGCAGAACAUUCUGGGUCUGAUCAAAUUCCUUAUCAUCUGCUUAAUUGUUGUUUCCGGCUCGGCCGCACUUGCGGGCGCACUCAAAGUCGACAGGCCUAACAACUUUAAGAACGCAUUUGAAGGAACCACGUCGAGUGCGUAUGGGGUGGUCACCGCUCUGUACAAUAUCGUAUACAGCUUCUUCGGGUACAAGAGUGCCAAUGCUGCAUUGAGCGAGACGAACAAUCCCGUUGCGUAUUUCGCCGCAGUCCCAAAGGAAGAAAUAGUUUCCUCCGGCCGUGUGGUAGCGGCAUCAUUUUUUCGGAAUGUCUUUGGCCCUCAUGCUGAAAGAGCACUCUCCGUUUUCAUCGCGCUUUCAGCGUUUGGCAAUGUCCUGAGUAUCAUGUUCUCACAAAGCCGCGUGAUCCAAGAACUUGGCCGGGAGGGAAUCGUUCCGUUCUCUGCAUUCUUGGCGAGCAAUAAACCUUUCAACGCGCCUCUGGCGGCUCUAUUCGAACACUGGGUGAUAUCUGUCAUUAUCAUGCUGGUACCCCCCCCGGGCAAUGCAUUUAACUUGAUCCUUCAUGUAGUCUCCUAUCCCCUCAUCAUAAUCAACGCCUUCGUUGCCCUCGCCCUCAUCCACAUCUACUUCAACCGCACCAAAUACAACUGGAACCCACCUUACUCCGCGUCGCUGCCGGUAGUAAUCUUCUUCCUCAUCAGCAACAUAUAUCUCGCCAUUUGCCCCUUCGUGCCCCCACCGACAAAUGAGAAAGCCUACGGAGGACUCCCUUACUACUUCCACUGUGUCUUGGCCAUUGGGGUUGCGUUCAUCGGUGGCAUCUACUGGCUCAUCUGGGCGAAAUUGAUGCCGUGGCUGGGCAAGUAUCAACUGGAGUAG